AUGGAGCGUGCUUCUUCGCUGCCUUCGUUGCGGCUUCCAGCUGUGAAGGCGGGCGACCAGCAGCGACCAAUUCUGUUGGGGAACUGCAGGCCAGCGUUGGGCCUCCACGAUCCUCAUGAAGCAGCUUCGAAGAGUAACUCUGCAACCUCUUCCAUGAGGGUCAGUCCGAAGCUGAGCCCUUUGAGCCCUCCCAAGAAAGAACGGAGGGCCCGGCGGACGAAGACCUGCCCAUCCCUCGAGGUCGAGGCCGCGGCGGCGCGGCAAGAACUGGAGGAGCCGAGCCCACCCGAGGUGUUUGUGCGGCGGAGGCAGCGCACGAAGACUUGCCCCAGCCAUGCACUUCAGAACAUCGCAGAAGACCGAGAGGCCACCACAGAGUCCAUCCGGCUGGAGUCGCAGGAAAAGGUCCAGGCUCAUAGGCCAUCGAACCCGACCUCUCCACGGACCUCCGAGAGUGGCAGUCUGCCUGAGGCCUAUGCUUCGGCAGUGCAAACACCAAGCACCACGGCCUCAUUGCCUGGCAUGCCGAACAUAAAGAGCUGGCGAUGCGGUUCGACAAUAGGACAGGGUUCCUACGGCACUGUGUGCAGAGCCCUGGACACGGAGAACGGCUUCAUCUUCUGCGUCAAGAAGUCCGUGGUGACUGAAGAUGACGAGGAGGGCCAGAGGUACAUUCAGAAACUUCGAGAAGAGCUGGACAUUUUGCGCUCCUUGCGGCACCCGAACAUCAUAUGUUGCUACGGCCACGAGUACUGCAGCGACACCCUGUACAUUUUUAUGGAAUUCGCAGAGGGAGGGUCCUUGGCUACCAUGCUCAAAGAGUUUGGUGCCCUCGACGGACUACUCCUGCGCAAUACAGUUUUGGGAAUGCUGCAAGGCUUGGCCUACCUUCACACCAGAAGCCCUGUUGUCGUUCACAGAGACAUCAAGAGCGCGAACGUGCUUUUGGACUUGGACUUCAACGUGAAGCUGGCAGAUUUCGGUUGCUCGAAGCGCUGUCAGGAGGACCUCACCACGACCUUCCGAGCCACUGGGUCGCUGCUUUGGAUGGCGCCGGAGGUCGUCUUGGGGACCACUGGCUUCGGGCGCAAGGCAGACAUUUGGAGCUUCGGCUGCACGGUCCUGGAGGCUAUGACGGCGGAGCCUCCAUGGGGCAAAGGUGCCAUUGAUGGCGCUCCUGCAGCGAUGAGGAAGAUUGGCUACUCGACCGAUACUCCACCCAUCCCCGAGGGCACUUCUUCCGGCCUCCUGGCCUUGCUCCAAAGCUGCUUUCAGCGAAGUGCCGAUCUCAGGCCUACGGCCACCGAGCUCCUGAGCUGUGAGUACUUCAUGCCGCCGGUCAAGGACCGGCGUCGACACUAUGAAUCGCGCGUCGCAUGGACCUAA